UGAAAAGAGUGGAAAUAUCAAAGUCUGUCUAAUUUGUCGAUUAUCAAAAAAUUUCCGUGGUCAAUCACCAGUUUAUUUUUCACCAUUUACUUGCCCGACUGUCCGGAAUAACAUAAUCUAAAUUUCAGAUUCACAACACCACGCAUUAUUUGAUGCGUCGUGGUCAAACAUUGACAAUUUAACUGCUAAACUUGAGUAAAAGGCUUAAAAAAUCAAUUGUGGUCUUGUCUCAUAAGGGGCCUUUGUAUAAUGCAUAUCGCGGCAUCUAUGGGCUGUCUUCGUCGAUUUUCUCUUGCUUUUUCACCAAAGUCAUGAUAUAAGAACAUCUUACUGUGAAUAUUUAGGUGAACAAGAACAGUCCAAUCAAAAAAUAUGAGUGACUCCAUGAGUGGGUUCCUGCACUGCAGUGUGACAUUCGAACAAUUGUCGCAAACUGGAGAAGUCCUAAAGAAAACACAACAUAAGAGCUGUAGCCUGCAGCUGGGAAGGAACGAAUUUAAGGAAAUCAUCCUCAAGUUGGAGUUCGGAAAAAGGGAGAUGAAAUUCCCCCUCCGGGAAAUUCAGGUCUUUUCCAAAUUUGCCAAAGAGGGGAAAGCGACAGUCAAAGUUAUUAACCAAAAAUUACAAUUGAUGCUUGCAAACUGCCCACCAGACCGACUUCGGGUGUUUCUGAAGACUUUAUCAACGAAGUUAGACUGUUUGAAAAUGAAAGGUUUUGUGAGUGAUAGGAAGAAAUUGACUUCGGAACUGCCAAGAGUUUUUCAAGAAAUUUCUCCAUUGAAUAUGAAGGAUAUUGAGACGGUCCAUAACCAACGAGCAAAGCAGGUUGAGAACAAGCCAGAUCUCUUCACCCCCAAAGGAAAAAGAAAAUAUUGUGGUUCAGAUGAUAAGGAAAAUGUUCUUCCAAAGGGUAAAAAGCUUUGUACUGCCAUAUCGUCACUGACCAAGAAGCCCCUUGUGUCCUUGACAAGGUUAACAAAGGAACAAAUCAAAGUGCUGGAAAGGGUCAAGAGUGGACAGAACAUCUUCUUCACAGGGAGUGCCGGCACUGGGAAAUCAUUCUUGUUGAAGAGAAUUAUUGGUGCUCUUCCACCGCAGCAUUCCUUCGCCACGGCCAGUACUGGUGUUGCAGCCUGUCAUAUCGGUGGGACCACUCUUCAUGCAUUUGCUGGUAUUGGUUCUGGCAAAGCCACCCUGGCUCAGUGUGUUGAACUCGCAUCAAGACCAGCCGUGGUACAACAAUGGAAGAAAUGUAGACAUCUCAUCAUUGAUGAGAUCUCCAUGGUGGACGGUGACUUCUUUGACAAACUAGAAGCAAUUGCAAGAAUUGUGCGAAAGAAGGAUGAGCCUUUUGGAGGGAUACAACUGAUUCUAUGUGGUGACUUCCUGCAGUUACCUCCUGUCAUAAAGGGAAGUGAGAAAAGGAAAUUCUGCUUUCAGUCGCGUGCUUGGAGAAAAUGCAUAUCAAUCAACAUGGAGCUGACCGAUGUUAAAAGACAAUCAGACAAAUCAUUCAUCUCCAUCCUACAGAACAUCCGAGUGGGAAGGUGUACAGAGACGAUCAGUAAGAUCCUCCUUGCCACAUCGAGACACACGAUUGACAGAGACGGCAUCAAGGCGACGAGGCUGUGCACGCACAAAGAGGACGUCAACCAUAUCAAUCAAAUUAACAUUGAUAAACUCACAACUCCAAGUCGCAAGUUCAACUCCUCUGACAGUGAUGCAGAGUACCUCAAGGUGAUUGAUAACCUUAGUCCAGUUAAUGCGUGUCUCGAGUUGAAAGAGGGCGCUCAGGUGAUGUUGGCCAAGAAUCUUGACGUACAGAAAGGUCUUGUUAAUGGAGCAAGAGGUGUGGUUGUUGGGUUUGAGAUGGGAGAUUAUGGGCUUCCGAUUGUAAAGUUUCUGUGUGGUGCUAAGGAGACAAUCAAGCCAGAGAGAUGGACCUUCAAGAUCUCCGGGGGCAUUUACCUGACCCGGCGACAGCUACCUCUCAAGUUAGCGUGGGCGAUUUCUAUCCACAAAAGCCAGGGCAUGUCCCUUGACUGCGUCGAAAUGUCACUGUCACGUGUGUUUGAAAGUGGACAGGCGUACGUCGCUCUCUCUCGUGCCAGGAGCCUAGAGGGAUUACGAGUUUUGGAUUUUGAUCGGAAAUAUGUGCGUGCUCAUCCAGACGUACUCAGAUUCUAUGCUGAAAUUCAGGAGGACAAUUCUGAAUGUGUCCCACGACAAACUAAGCUUUUAGACUUUGCCUGAGACUGUUGACAUGGUGACAUUAUCUGUGGUGUUCUUGCUGUCGUUUUGGGGAAGUAUAAGUGCAUUGCCUACAUUAGUAAGUUGCUUGAAUGUUCUAGGCAUGAAGCACAUACUACACGAGCGGCCAAAUAUUGCCAACUUGUGAAGCCAUUGAAAUUUCCCUGUUCACCAAGUUCUAGCACAGCAUACCACAUCUCUGAUCAGUUCUGGUGAACAUUGUUGAUUUGCUCAACCCAGAACUGAUUGAGUUUGCAUAGAAGAUGACUGAUGUUUUAUGUUUUAACACUGUAAAUUAUGUAAACAGUAAUGUAUUUUAUCAUAACAUGUAGUUUAGAAUUAGUAAUGAUAAUGCAGAAUUUUAACUGUAAUUUAUUAUCAGUAUUUCAUACAGAGCGUCUGAUCAUUAGAAUUUGAUCUCAAAGAUUGAAAAUUCUUCAGAGGGUUUUCGAUUGUUUUUCUUUCUAUUGUAAUGCACUGCCAUCUUUUAGUACUCGACUUUUAUACAAAAUCUGAUUUUGUUUUUAGUGAUUUGUGAAUA